AUGAAUAAAUUUACAUAAACCUUUAGGUAGCAACAUUUAGAAUGUCUAUAUUAAAAAGAAAAAGAAUAAUAUUGUUAUGAUACCUUUAAGAAGAUAGCCUUCUUAUCUUUCAUCAUAACAUUAAUUAGAUUAAUAAAUUUUGCACACAAAGAAAAUGUUGUGGGUAUAUUAAUAACAUCAUCAAUUUUAUCCAUUAUAAUACUGAUGUAUGUUUUAAUUUUAAAAUUCUGUUCAUCUGGUGCAAUAUUUUGCAUGGUCUUUAUCAAUAAUUUGCUUAUUUUACUUUAAAUUCAUGAUUAAUAAGGUACAAAUUAAUUUAUUCUUGGCACCAAUUUAGCAAUUGCACAUACAACAAUACUACUAAUUAUUGAUUUUAAAUUGGCAGUAAUCAACAUUUUUUUUUAAACCACUUUCAAAUUACUUAUAGCUGGACUCUUUGAUUCUUAAACUGAUACUUGUUCAAUUGUAUUAUCUAUUUUAUGUCCACUUUGUUUUAUUUCUGUAAUAUCAACUAUAGACAAAUAAAGAAGACUGUUAUUUUUGAGUAAUAAUCAAGGAAAUGAUUGGCGUAUAUUAUAAUAUCUAUUUAGAUUAAUUAUUACCUUCUGUAAUAAGUGAUCCAUUUGUUCUAUUUUCAUUUGAUCAUAAUAGAAUGAGUUUUAAAUACAAGAAUUCAAGUAAAAUAGAUAGAUUUCCAUAUUGCUCAAAUGAAUUAUCAUAAGAAGAUAAUUUUAAAUAAUUUCUUAGACUAUAACAUUUAUCUGGUGUAUCAAUAGAAUAAUUUAUAUUAAAUCGAAUAGAAAAACAAUCUAAAUUUUUUGAUUUAAAUUAAUUUACACUUAGACCAAAUCAAUUUGAUUCUGCUGAUUUUGAAGAAACUAAUAUUCUCUUAGCUGAAUUAUAUCAUUUAGAUGACAACUUUUUAAUUGUAUUAGAAUAAUCAUAAUAAAAAGCACAAUAUAUAUAAUCUACUAAAAAUAAUCUAAUUAAUUUGAUUGGUUAACAUUAAUAAUUGGUAUCUAACUUCUUAAAAAAAUAAGCAUCAUUAAUCAAUAUGAGUUUAUAAAAUGAAGCAUCUAGAAUUCAAUUAUUAUAUUAAUUAAAACUUCAUCAUUUAUAUUUUUAAGGAAAAUAUAAGAUAUCAAAUUCAUUUUCAUAAGCAAAUAAAUAUUUUGAAACAAUCUCUAUUGAUUUUAAACACAUGUUUAUAGCCAUAAUAUCACUUUUUUAAAAAGCAUAUACUGAUGUUAAUAUUUAAUUUGAUUGCACUGAUAAUAAAUUUGAUGUAGUUCAUUAUAAAGAUAUGUCUUAAGAUUUUAUUAUUCAAUUGUUAUAAAUGACAUUAAGAAAAACAACAAGAGAUUUAGGAUUUAGAACAAGAAUUAUAAUGUAUUCAAAAUCAGAAAUUUUAUUUAUUUAAAUAAAUUGUCUAAAUUCUUAUAUUUUAUUAGAAAACCUGAAUAAAAAUCUAGUAAUAAGAAUGUAUCUAAAAUUGCAUUCUCCAGAAACUGAUAUUAGAUAAAGUGAUAAUGGAAUCAAUAUAUAAUUGUAUAAAGAUGUGUCAUAAUUGAAAUCAUUGAAUAAAUUUCAAGAAUAUAAUUGA